AUGUCCGAGCUGGAGAAGGCCAUGAUCGCCAUCAUUGAUGCCUUCCACCAGUACUCAGGGAAGGAGGGAGACAAGCACAAGCUGAAGAAAUCGGAACUGAAGGAGCUCAUUAACAACGAGCUGACCCAUUUCCUUGGCGAGAUCAAAGACCAGGAGACCGUGGACAAAGUCAUGGAGGCACUGGACAGCGAUGGGGAUGCAGAGUGCGACUUCCAGGAGUUUGUAGCCUUCAUCGCCAUGGUCACCGCUGCUUGCCAUGAGUUCUUUGAGCAUGAGUGA